GGUUGAGCGAGAACUUAUCCAUGAAAGACGUAGGGGAUGCUAGUUAUGUCCUUAGCAUAAAAAUCUACCGAGAUAGAUCAAGAAAAUUAAUAGGUCUGAAUAAAAGUACAUAUAUAGAUAAAAUCCUUGAUCGAUUUAGCAUGUCUAACUCAAAGAAAGGAUCUUUACCUAUGACACCUAGCAUGGUUCUUUCCAAGAACCAGAGUCCUUCUACUCCCAAAGAGAAGGAACUCAUGAUGAAUAUUCCAUACGCCUCUGCGAUUGGAUCCAUCAUAGCUUUUAGCUGGAAGAGCUUCAAGGAGGACAUAGCCGCCGAUUUGACUACAAAGGCAGAGUACAUAGUUGCCGCUAAGGCAGCUAAAGAAGUUGUAUGGAUGAAGAAGUUCAUUACUGAACUUGGAGUGGUUUUUAGUAUUAAUGACCCUAUACCGUUGUUUUACGACAACACUCGGGCCAUUUCACAAGCAAAGGAACCACGAUCUCACCAGAAAACCAAACACAUUGUACGACGCUAUCACAUCAAACGAGAAAUCCUAGACAUAGGAGAUGUGAUUAUUUGCAAUGUAGAUACUGACGAAAACAUAGCCGAUCCCUUGACCAAGCCUUUAGAAAAGCUAAAGCAUGAGGGUCACACUAGGUCCAUGGGCAUUCGACCGAUGCAAGAUUGGCCAUAGUGCAGGUAAACAAAAAGAGUGAUGUGAUGGAAUCCUGGCGGCAGACGGAGCGAGAUGGUCAAAAUGGAUGUGUAAAAUGAAUUAAAGUUUAAAAAGACAUAAUAUUAUUAUGUUUUGUAAUUGUUAUUUAUUCAGCUUCCGCAACAUUAACUACUCUGUUAUUAUUCUGAAUACUUUAUUAUGAAAUAAAGUUUUAAAAAUGCU